AUGACCAAACGAGCACUCGGCCGAGAACACUGGUCUCGCUACAAUACUCGAAAACUUACUCUUCUUUUGGUAGGAUUAGACAACGCAGGUAAAACUAAAGCUGCCAAUGGUCUUGUUGGAGAUAGACUAAACUCACCAGUACCUACUGUGGGAUUUUCGGUAGUCAAUCUAAAAUAUUCUGAUUACUCCGUAAAAAUAUUCGAUUUAGGAGGUGGGCCUAAUAUUAGAGGAAUCUGGCACCAAUAUUUUGUAGAUGCACAUGGUCUAAUUUUUGUGAUAGACUCCAGUGACGUUUCCCGUUUUGGUGAGGUAAAAAUGGUUUUGGAAGACAUACUAUAUAGCGACAAAAUAGCAGGAAAACCACUGUUAAUUUUAGCUAACAAACAGGAUAGCGUAAACGCAGUGGACGAAAUAGAGAUAAUAGAAUUUCUGGAUCUCGAAUUUUUAGUCAACAAUCGAAAGUGUCCAACAUUAGUACAGAGCUGUGCAGCAUCGGAAAGCAACGCAAACAAAUUAGACAUAGGAGUACAAAAAGGAUAUAACUGGUUGAUGAAUUAUAUAGAUAAGCACUAUGAUAGUUUAAACCAAAGAGUGGAACAAGAUGUGGAAGAACAAGAAAUCAAAGACAAGCAAGAGCUCCUGGAGAAGAUUAAAAGGAUAAGAAACCUUCACGCUUUGGAACAAAGUAAACAAAAUGAAGAUACUAUAGAAACUUACUCAGAUUAUGUUAAAAAAAUCAACGGAGAAAUAAAAUCAAUACAAGACGAUAUAGCCCCUAGUACAUCUGUGAUAACAUUAGAGGAUACAAAUACUGGUCCUGAUUCCGACGAAUCAUCUAUUUCUUUUCCACCUAUAUAUAUUAACGCAGAAACAGAAAGAAACGAAAGACCAAAAUCAGCUGUGGAACUGGUCAAACAUCAGCUACAGUUAAAAGAUAGCUUCAAAAAACCAAAUGUUAGACCUAGAUCAAAUAAAACAGCACCUAUACAUCUGUAUGGAACAAGAACUCCUCAUUCUGCCCGUGAAAGGCGGAGAGAAACUUUGUUUGAUAGGAGAAACCUUAAAUCGGCUGACAAUGUACUUUCUACGAUUAGUGGAAUGUUUUCAAGUGACGUGAACGUAGUUAAUUCUCGUGGUGAUCAUAAUUCCAUUGGUCUUAAUCAUUUUGGACCUAAAGUACAUUCUCUUGAUAACUCAGGAGUACCUUUUGUUCAUAGACCUAAUAGAGAAGGUGACGGUUUGAGUAUAGUGGACAUUUUAUAGUGUUUUAGAAGGAGAGUGUAUAGACCAGGGCAUUUAGAACUAAAAUCAUCGGAAUAAAUCGAUGUUUAAAUACAGUAGGUAGGUACCAAUCGACUUGCAACUUUUUGCAUUGUGUUCGAGAUGAAGUCAGGAAAAAGUCUAUAAUAUAAAAAUGGGUGGACAUGCAUAAUUGCAUUUACAGUGCAUCAAAUGCAUCAAAAAUUGCAAAAAUACACUGCGGUGCAAAAAAAGCGAUCCACUAAAAAUUUGGUCAUUUUUGAUGUUUCGACCUGUUGUCCGAUUUAAGUGAUUUUUUGAACAUGUUAUAGUUUUAUUCAUUGACAAUAUAGCUGUAAUAAUAUUGUUGCUAGACAGUCAAACUGUCAUUAUAUACCGGGUGUACGAAUCAAAGUGUGUUACAAAUACCGAAAUUAAAACUCAACUAUAGCCUCAGGUUUUCUUAACAUUUUGUCUUUCGAUUCAUUCGCUUAUGUUUUUUUUUGAGUGAAUUUGAUGGCCUUGGCCGAGCCAAUUAGCCAGACAUUUUGUUAUUUUAAAAACAAACAAAUUUGAUUUUUCAAUCAGAGGAAUUUUUUCUGUAUUUCUAACUCUAAAUACAUAACAAACUAACAUUAUUAUCUACAAUUAUUAUCUAAAUAAUACUCUGUUUUGGUUGUUCAUUUUUUUCUUGUAAAUUUUUAUUUUUUUUUUGUAUUUUUUUUUUAUUAUUUUUUUUAUUGGUAUUUUUUAUAAAUUGUUUUUUUUACUAUGCUAAGACGUAAACCCGAUUCAUCCUCGCGGAGGUUUACAUCUUCUUAGUUUUUUUUUUCUUUUUUUUUGUUGCUUUUUUUAUUUUUUCUGUUUUUUUUUCUUUUCUUUUCUCUUUUUUUGUUCUUUUCUUUUUUCAAUUAUAAUAUACAAUAAUUACUUAAAUCUACAGGGUUUAAAACAAAAUAACAACAAAACAAACAUGUUUGUUUUGUUUUAACAAACAUGCCUGCUUUGUUUUAACAAAAUUUCUUAAAUACAGGGUAAAUUUUAUUGCUACAAUCUAUAUUUACAGUUUUUGAUA